CAGGUUCUAAAUAUCAGGAAAGACAGGAAAUUCUGUGUGAAAAUAGCAGGCCAAAAGUUCUUAGUAAACUGCAGCCAGGGAAACUCAGACUAGGGUGAAGGUAGAAAGAGCUGAUGCAGAGUGGGUUUAAUUCUAAGCCUUUUGGGGGCUGAGUUUUUAUUGUUGUUAAUUUAUGGAAUUUAUAGAUGUAUUGCAUUUGUCAUGUGAAGGCCAGGGCAGUACCAGAGUCAAAAUAGUGACAGUUUUAAAUGCCAUAGUGUAUAUGUACUCAGAGUACUUUUAUUGAAGAAGAUAAGGAGCCCAGCAUAGAUCUCAUCCUCAUCUUCACCCAGUUGCAACAUCAUAAGUUGAGAAACAGCAUCUAAGGGCACUUUUUGGUGGGGAAAAAAAUCUAGACAUAGCUCUAAGUGAUUGUUUCCUUCUGAACUUGGAAAUGGACUAUACCGUGUACUACAACAUCUCCAAUCACAGUGCGGAUCUCCCCAUGAAUGAUGACUGGUUCCAACCGGGGAUCCUCUAUGUCAUCCCUGCAAUUUAUGGGGUUAUCAUUCUGAUAGGCCUCAUUGGCAACAUCACUUUGAUCAAGAUCUUCUGUACGGUCAAGUCCAUGAGAAACGUGCCGAACCUGUUCAUCUCCAGUCUGGCUUUGGGAGACCUGCUCCUCCUGAUAACAUGUGCUCCCGUGGAUGCCAGCAGGUACCUGGCCGACAGAUGGCUGUUUGGCAGGAUUGGCUGUAAACUGAUCCCCUUUAUACAGCUUACCUCGGUGGGGGUGUCUGUCUUCACGCUCACGGCGCUCUCGGCAGACAGGUACAAGGCUAUUGUCCGGCCAAUGGAUAUCCAGGCCUCUCAUGCCCUGAUGAAGAUCUGCCUGAAAGCCGCCUUGAUCUGGGUCAUCUCUAUGCUACUCGCCAUCCCAGAGGCUGUGUUUUCUGACCUCCAUCCCUUCCAUGAGGAAAGCACCAACCAGACCUUCAUUAGCUGUGCCCCAUACCCACACUCUAAUGAGCUGCACCCCAAAAUCCACUCCAUGGCUUCCUUUCUGGUCUUCUACAUCAUCCCACUGUCAAUUAUCUCUGUCUACUACUACUUCAUUGCCAAAAACCUGAUCCAGAGUGCUUACAAUCUUCCUGUGGAAGGGAACAUACAUGUCAAGAAGCAGAUUGAAUCCCGGAAGCGACUUGCCAAGACAGUGCUGGUGUUUGUGGGCCUCUUUGCCUUCUGUUGGCUCCCCAACCACAUCAUCUACCUGUACCGCUCCUACCACUACUCUGAGGUGGACACCUCCAUGCUCCACUUCGUCACCAGCAUCUGUGCCCGUCUCCUGGCCUUCACCAACUCCUGUGUGAACCCCUUUGCCCUUUACCUGCUAAGCAAGAGUUUCAGGAAACAGUUCAACACCCAGCUCCUCUGUUGCCGGCCUGGCCUGAUAACCCGGUCUCACAGCACUGGCAGAAGUACCACCUGCAUGACCUCCCUCAAGAGUACCAACCCCUCCGUGGCCACCUUCAGCCUCAUCAAUGGAAACAUCUGUCAUGAGAAGUACGUCUAGACUGACCCUCCUAGGGACUCCUGGUUUUUCUUUAUGGCUAGCCAGGAACUCUCACGUCUGUUGUCUCUGUACCCUACAAAGACCCUUCAAAAGGCUGGUGAGUAGUGUAGGCUGGGGAGAGGCCCAAAAAGAUCACUAUUCUGUUUCAAAGUAAGCCAUCAAGGCUUAGGUUUUCCAUUUGAACUUGUGAACACUUCUUCUGAUAU